GGGAUGGGGCAUGAUUGUGGUGACAUCACCGAACGAGGGCAACUUCAAAGAAUGGGAGAAACAAAGUGGAUCCGUACGAAUCGUAAUGAAUUGUCCUGAGAAAGACGAUGUAAAGGCGAUGUGCGUUUGUAUGAAGCGCAAUGAGCCAACUGUGCAAGCGGUGUACAUGAAGAUGGUGGAGGGUCGAAUGGAUAAAGUGGGACCGCUUCUUCGCUACGUCUUUGAUCAGCGCAAAUACAAAGAGCGGAUCGACUCGUGCAGAAGUACAGUUAAUAAAAUGGCCUUGCCGGAUACCAACUAUUACUCUGUUUUGGGGACUGAUAAAGUGUGUGAUGGUAGCCACGUCUCUCACAAACUUGUAAAGGUCGUACGAGUACGAGGAAAAGAUGAUUCCGAAUUGCCUUACAAUGCACUGGUAUCUUCCCACCUUGCAGAAUUAACGUUAUGCAAGUUGGCGGAGUUAAUGGUGCCGAAUGAUUUUAAUUUACUCAUAUUGGCUAUCAAGGACGAUCUCAUAUCAAAAGUCCUUGAAGAUCAUUCCUUGUUUGCAUUUUUAAGUGAGGCCUUUGUAAAUGCAAUAAUACCGAAACUCAGGGAGCUGAAACUAGAAAAAGAUGCUCCACCACACCGCUGUGCGUUGAGAGUGCGUCUACAUGAGCGCCCCUUCAAGCCCUGUCUUUUAGAGUGCCUGGAAAAUUUUAAGGAGAAGAUUAAUAUAGAGUCUCAGGUGCUGUACAAACCGGAGGCUGAAAACUUUCCGCUGGUGGACGGCUUUUUCUUCAUGGACUCAAAUCCGAAGACGCUGGUUGGGCUGCAGAUUACUACGGCGAGUGCGCAUCACACCAUACCCAGCACUGUGAGGCAGUUCAAUGAGCGUAUGGCUAAAUAUUUUGAAGGUUGGGAGGAGUUUUCUGAGGGUUUGUCGUGGGAGAUUGUUUAUAUACAACACGCAGACAGCACGCCCAUGACUGGCUGGCAGAGAUGUGGUCCCCUCAAAAGCGAUAAUUUGAGCCCCGCUGAAAAAGAAAUUGUGGCGUUCUGGGAGAAGGAGGUACACCAGUACCAAGUUUCUGUAUCAUCCAGAGACUUUAGAAGAAAAGAAGCUCCCCCAAUUGUGGAAGAAGAACAAGAACAGGAAACAGAAUAG